AGCUCGGUAUUCAGAUCUUUUGACUACAGGUCUCCAGCUCCUCUCAAAACACACAGGAUGAAUAAUCCCGUUUUGCCGUCAUUUUGAAAAUGUUGACACUACUGGAUAUCCCGGCGGAUUUAUCGUCAGCGUAGACCAUUACYGUCGUUCUGCAGAUGCAGGAUGAGGUGCUCUGCGCUCCACCUGUUGCGCUGUGUGCGCUUACAGUUGGGUAGCAGGCUAAAAAGGAACAGACUGCCCCUGUGCGUCCGGAGAAUAUGGGCCUACGUGAAACUGCUGGUUCGCUCGCUUUGCUUCAAUUCCCUCACAGACUCCGAUGUGGUUUUUGACUCUGUUUUUGAACCAGUGUUUGUGACGGUGGAUUAUGUCACCCGCUGGUUUGGCUUGGUUUUUGUUUGUCUGGUGGUGAUACUGACCAGCUCCAUUUUGGCGGUAGCCUAUACUGUGUUACUGCCGAUGGCCUUGAACACUUACUCUCCAGCGUGGAUUGCUUGGCAUCUUUGUUACGGACACUGGAACCUCAUCAUGAUCGCUUUUCAUUACUACAAAGCUGCCAAGACGUCCCCUGGAUAUCCCCCAACGGAAAAAAAUGACAGGCCAUUUGUGUCGGUCUGUAAAAAGUGCAUCAUGCCCAAACCAGCAAGAACCCACCACUGUGGUAUCUGUAACAGAUGCAUUCUAAAAAUGGAUCAUCAUUGUCCCUGGUUGAAUAACUGCGUGGGUCAUUUUAACCAUCGGUACUUCUUCUCUUUUUGCCUCUUCAUGACCCUGGGCUGUGUCUACUGCAGCAUCAGUGGCAGAAACCAGUUCCUGGAUGCGUACAACGCUCUUGAGCGUUUUAAGCAUUUGGAUUCGGAAAAGCCGGGGAUGCCGGUAAAAGGGAUGGGACUUCUUAUUGGGCUUCUCCCAUCUGGGCAGGUAGCUUCACUUAGAACACUUCAAUUAAAUCUGUUUACACCUGCGCCUCCAUACACCUUUAAAGAAAAGAUGAUUCAUAAGAGUAUGAUCUACAUGUGGGURCUCACCAGCACAGUGGGUGUGGCCCUGGGAGCUCUAACCAUUUGGCACGCAGUUCUCAUAUCCAGAGGCGAGACCAGCAUUGAAAAACACAUCAAUAGGAAGGAAAUGAAGCGAAUGAUGGUCAGAUGGGGGAAGGUUUACAAAAACCCAUUCAAUUACGGCAGGCUGAACAACUGGAAAAUCUUCUUAGGGGUGGAGAAAAGAAGCCACUGGGUGACACGUGUCCUGCUUCCCUCUGGACACCCACCACUCGGUGACGGUUUGACGUGGGACUUCUUUCCAGUUAAAACUGAUUUGAUACCUGUAUGACAGACUGAUCAGACCAAACCUUGUAGCCUGAUUGCGUAAUUACCAACUUUAUCUGGUUGGGUCAAUGGAUUCUUCCUUGGCGGCUCCAUAUUUUUGAAGACGCUGAGUAACAUCACCUUUUAAUACCUCAAGAACUCYAGUCUCAGCUCUGCAGAACAUAUAUAAACCUAGUUUUCAGAAAGAUCAAGUUUUUUUAAUGGUUUGCUUCCUGCUGGGUAUGACUUUCCCUUGCAAGCUGGCUUUACUGAACCCGCAGCAUUAUGGCGUCAUAACU